GUGGGAGUCGAAUCUUUCUCCGGAAUCGUUUGCUUUCAUUUCUGCACGAGCCCAUCGCGCGCGCCGUUUCCUUCUCUUCGCUUCGAAUCAAAACAAACGUCGCCCGACGCGCUUCGGUCGGUUAUUCUCCCGUAUCUCGGACGGAUUAUUCGGUGUUUUCUGUGAAAUAAAGGCGGUCAAUAGAGCCGGAUAAAGAUGAGUGUGGAGGCGUACGGGCCGAGCUCGCAAACGCUCACCUUCCUGGACACGGAGGAAACGGAGCUUCUCGGGGCCGACACGCAGGGCUCCGAGUUCGAGUUCACCGACUUUACAUUGCCCAGCCAGACCCAAACCCAAGGCCAGACCCAGAGUCAGCUCGACAACCAGGUAAACGGGCCUGACGGAGUUCUGCCCAACGGAGAAGAUGCAGUGGUGAAGACCAGCCAACUUCUGGCCGAGCUGAACUUUGAAGAGGAUGAGGAAGAUACUUACUACACUAAAGAUCUGCCCGUGCACGCCUGCAGCUACUGUGGCAUCCAUGAUCCAGCAUGUGUGGUUUACUGCAACACCAGCAAGAAAUGGUUUUGCAAUGGCCGGGGCAACACCUCUGGCAGUCAUAUUGUGAACCAUUUGGUGAGGGCCAAAUGUAAGGAGGUGACGCUGCAUAAGGACGGGCCGCUGGGAGAGACGGUUCUCGAAUGCUAUAACUGCGGCUGCCGUAACGUCUUCCUUCUCGGCUUCAUCCCGGCUAAAGCAGACUCUGUCGUGGUGCUUUUGUGCAGGCAGCCGUGCGCGAGUCAGAGCAGUCUGAAGGACAUUAAUUGGGACAGCUCUCAGUGGCAGCCGCUCAUCCAGGACCGUUGCUUUCUGUCCUGGUUGGUGAAGAUCCCAUCCGAGCAGGAGCAGCUGAGGGCCCGUCAGAUCACGGCCCAGCAGAUUAACAAACUCGAGGAGCUCUGGAAGGAAAACCCAACAGCGACCCUGGAAGAUUUGGAGAAACCUGGAGUGGAUGAGGAACCUCAGCACGUUCUGCUACGCUACGAAGAUGCCUAUCAGUACCAGAACAUUUUUGGUCCGCUGGUCAAACUAGAGGCUGACUACGACAAGAAACUCAAAGAGUCCCAAACUCAAGACAAUAUAACUGUGAGGUGGGAUUUGGGACUGAAUAAAAAGCGGAUAGCUUAUUUCACUCUGCCCAAGACGGAUUCAGGUGACAUGCGACUGAUGCAAGGAGACGAGAUCUGUCUGCGCUAUAAAGGAGACUUGGCUCCACUCUGGAAAGGGAUCGGACACGUCAUCAAAGUCCCGGACAAUUAUGGAGAUGAGAUUGCCAUUGAGCUGCGCAGCAGUGCAGGGGCUCCUGUGGAGGUGCCGCACAACUUCCAGGUGGACUUCGUGUGGAAGUCGACAUCUUUUGACCGAAUGCAGAGCGCCCUGAAGACGUUUGCUGUGGAUGAGACCUCGGUGUCUGGCUACAUCUACCACAAGCUGCUGGGUCACGAGGUGGAGGACGUUAUCAUCAAAUGCCAGCUUCCCAAACGCUUCACUGCGCAGGGCCUGCCGGACCUCAACCACUCGCAGGUGUAUGCUGUGAAGACGGUGCUGCAGCGACCCCUCAGUCUGAUCCAGGGGCCUCCAGGAACCGGCAAGACUGUCACCUCUGCCACUAUAGUCUACCAUCUGGCCAGACAGGGCAAUGGUCCAGUGCUGGUUUGUGCUCCGAGUAACAUCGCAGUGGACCAGCUGACCGAGAAGAUCCAUCAGACGGGGCUGAAGGUGGUUCGUCUGUGCGCUAAGAGUCGUGAGGCCAUCGAUUCACCGGUGUCUUUCCUGGCUCUGCACAAUCAGAUCCGCAACAUGGACAGCAUGCCAGAGUUGCAGAAACUGCAGCAGCUGAAGGACGAGACUGGCGAGCUGUCGUCUUCUGAUGAGAAACGUUACCGAGCUCUCAAACGAACCGCAGAGAGAGAGCUGCUCAUGAACGCAGAUGUGAUCUGUUGCACAUGUGUGGGUGCGGGUGACCCUCGCCUGGCAAAGAUGCAGUUCCGCUCCAUUCUCAUCGAUGAGAGCACCCAGGCCACGGAGCCCGAGUGCAUGGUGCCCGUGGUGCUCGGGGCCAAACAGCUGAUUCUGGUGGGUGACCACUGCCAGUUGGGUCCUGUGGUCAUGUGCAAGAAGGCGGCUAAAGCGGGUCUUUCUCAGUCUCUGUUUGAGAGGCUGGUGGUCCUGGGUAUCAGACCCAUCCGUCUGCAGGUGCAGUACCGCAUGCACCCGGCGCUCAGCGCUUUCCCUUCAAAUAUCUUCUAUGAGGGUUCUCUGCAGAACGGGGUCACUGCCGCUGAUCGCAUCAAGAAAGGCUUUGACUUCCAGUGGCCUCAGCCGGAUAAGCCCAUGUUUUUCUACGUGACUCAGGGUCAGGAGGAGAUCGCAAGCUCUGGCACCUCCUAUCUCAACAGGACUGAAGCUGCUAAUGUGGAGAAGAUCACCACUCGUCUGCUGAAGGCCGGAGCCAAACCUGACCAGAUUGGCAUUAUCACGCCGUACGAGGGCCAGCGCUCUUACCUGGUGCAGUACAUGCAGUUCAGCGGCUCACUGCACACCAAACUCUACCAGGAGGUGGAGAUCGCCAGUGUAGAUGCGUUCCAGGGCAGAGAGAAGGACUUCAUCAUCCUGUCUUGUGUCAGAGCCAAUGAGCACCAGGGCAUCGGCUUCCUGAACGACCCACGUCGUCUCAAUGUGGCGCUAACCAGAGCCAGAUAUGGCGUGAUCAUUGUGGGCAAUCCUAAGGCUCUGUCCAAGCAGCCUUUGUGGAACCACCUGCUGAAUUACUACAAGGAGCAGAAGGUUCUGGUGGAGGGUCCACUCAAUAACCUGAGAGAGAGCCUCAUGCAGUUCAGCAAACCACGCAAGCUGGUCAACACCAUCAACCCUGGGGCACGUUUCAUGAGCACUGCCAUGUAUGAUGCGAGAGAGGCCAUGAUUCCUGGAUCUGUGUAUGACCGCAGCAACACUGGUCGUCCAUCUAAUAUGUACUUCCAGACCCAUGAUCAGGUUGGCAUGAUCGGGACCGGACCAAACCCUAUGGGCUCCAUGAACAUUCCCAUCCCGUUCAAUCUUGUCAUGCCGCCCAUGCCUCCGCCCGGGUACCUGGGCCAGGUGAACGGACCCGCUGCAGGUCGUGGUGCUCCUAAAGGUAAGACCGGGGGUCGUGGAGGUCGCCAGAGGAACCGUGGCACAGGGAACCAUGGCAGUGGGCAGGCCAACAUGCCGAGCAGCCAGGCCAGUCAGGAUCUGGUGUCCCAGCCCUUCUCCCAGGGUCCUCUGACCCAGGGCUACAUCACCAUGAGCCAGCCUUCACAGAUGAGCCAGCCUGGCCUGUCCCAGCCUGAGCUCUCACAGGACAGCUACCUGGGGGAUGAGUUCAAAUCCCAGAUGGAUGUGGCGCUCUCCCAGGAUUCAACCUACCAGGGCGAACGGGCUUAUCAGCACGGAGGAGUGACUGGACUCUCACAGUACUAGAGUGUUGUUGGAACAGGAGCUAGGCCUGUGCUGAGCUUAGUUCAUCAGCAUUUUAAAUAUGGGUAAAUAUAAAAAAAGAACAAACAUGGAUGCCCGUUUACCACUGUUACAACUGAAGCACCAUGGUGUGAGAGCAACAGGAGAGAAUCAAACCAAUCACAGGAGGGGAGUAAAGCUGGACAGGACGAAAGAGAACGUGCGAGUGGCGGAUUACAUCCACCAUUCGUUGAGGACGGGGAAGGAGAGGGGAGACGCAGUGUUAGGAGGAGACCAAACACGAGAUCUUCGAUCUGCAACUCCGCAACGUGGAGGAGGCUCCCGGAGCGCAGGGACCCUUCCCGGCCUCCUCUCUCUCUCGCCUGGCUGUCGACGUCAGCCUCAGGCCUUGCCCUGCCAACCGAGGAGGAGGAAAGAUGAAGUUCUCUUAAAACUUACCUGCAAAAACCACGCUUGCUCUGUCGUCUCCACGAGCUGAGAGAGGGGGUGACGUAUUUAAAGUAAUUAUAAACGCUUUUCAAGCAGCUGAUUUUGGGGGAAAUAGAGUUCCCCUCAAAGUUGACAUCUGACAUUCAGGUUCUACCACCGAACAUCUUUGAGAGAACGGACGAGCGUUUAAUUUCGCAGGUGCUAGGGCGCUCUGAAGGACGAUUCAACUUUGAGGAAGGUUUUCCGCCUGAAGGAGGGUAAGAGGUGCCGCGUAUCCGAAGGCCCGCUCUCUGCUAGGUGAUUCGCCGACGCAAAAAGGGGUAGAAAUGGCUUUCUCUUUUCUUUUUAAACGUCUGCUCUCUGCGGAGCUGACGCGGAAGGGGCCGACGGAUCUAUCCUUUCUUAUAUUCCUCUUUUAAAACAAUUUUUUCCAACUAGAAUAAAAACAGUGAAGUAGAACCGCUCGAUUAGCCUGCUUGAUUUAGAUGUGGCUUCUUAAAUCUCUUACCUUGCUACAAAAAAACCCCUAAAACUAAAAAAAAAAUCAAUCAAAACCAACAGGAUUCUUGCCAAGGGUGUGAGAUCAUCACAGCAAACCCCUCCCACUUCGUAAUAUUGUCGCGCCCCGAUCGCUUUAGUUAAAGGGGGAAUGACCAGGCGCACCUCAAAGAAAGCAGGAGAUCGGAGACCCAUGCGAAGGACAGACAGGUGAGAUUCUCGCUGUUUUUGUGUCUGACCGUAAGAGGCGCCGUCGUGCUCUCUUGCUUUAUGAUGAUGAUGUCAAUGAGAGCGGCGGUAAAUGCCAACCAGAGGUGUGUGCGUGUGUAUGUAUGUGUGUUUCCAGACUGCCCUUCCUCAUUAUUAUUAUUAUUAUUAUUUUUAUCAUUAUUAGUGAUAGAUUGUAGUUAUGCUUUGUUCCCCCUCCCCCCCUGUUCUAGUUGCUCAUUUUUAUUUGUAUGACCUGACGUGAAUUUCUCGUAACCCCUCUGUGUGGAAACUGCUCGACUUUAUUUGGUUUCCACAGACCCAUUCAGAGUUUUAUGGCAGCUUUUUAACAUCUGUUCCGAUGCCUCAGCUUUGUACUUUUACUUUGGAGUGUUUAUACCUUGCUGUUACUCCAUAUUUGCAACACUUUUGACUGUUUAAGCAUCACCGCUCGCAUUUUAUAGCAUCAAGCACAGAUUCGUUUUAAGCUCACAUAUGCACAGUUUUGCUUUACUCUUUCGUUGCCCACAAGACAAUCAUGAUUCAUUCAUAACCAACGUUGCAAAAACAGACAUUUUGACGUUUUGCUCGCCAUCUUUUCCAUGUUAACCCCUCCUUUUAGAGUCUAAAAGUCCUUAAAACAGUUUUGUUUUCAUACUUCAAGUGUAAAUAUCAAUGCUCAGAUUUGAAAUAACAUCAGUUGCCAAUGACAAUGAGAUAUUCAGGCCAAGGUGAUGUAAUCUGGUUAUGAUGAAGAGAUCCUGCCUGAAGAUCUGGAAGUGCUGAGAGGAUCCGCUGCGAAAGUUGCAUUCUGAUAUCAGAUUUGAUCGAAAUGUACAGUAAAUGAACUUGCAUUGAAGAGGGACGCUGGAAAAAUAUCAGGAUAUUAAGUAUAAUUCAGGAUUUUGUUUUGUGGAAAGAGUUUUCACCCCCACAGUAUGUACUUGUAACUUUACAAAUAAAUGUUGCUUUCUUUUCACCCAA